GCCAACAUUCGGUGAAGAAGUCAAAUAUACUCGUUUGAUUAGCCCGUCCGGUUUUGCCAACAUGUCACAAGCACAAGGUGCUGUUUCUUUAUCUUCGCUUUACGCGGAGUUAAAUAAACAUGGACAGAACCAAGACUUCGAAAGAGCAUUAAAGAUUGCAAAUAAAAUUCUACAGGAUUACCCCACAGAGGUUGAAGCUUUCCAAUGCAAAGUGGUCUGUCUGAUAAACCUGGAGAAGUUUCAGGACGCCCUCUCGGCCAUCAACAAGGAAAAGGCCUUGCACAGCCACGUGCGAUUUGAGAAGGCGUAUUGUGAGUACCGACUGAACAGGACAGAGGAAGCUGUGUCCACACUGAGGGCAGGGGGAGAUAACCUGGACAACAGAUGCAAGGAGCUCCUAGCACAAGUGUUGUACAGACUGGAGGAGUACCAGGAGUGCUAUGACCUGUAUCGAGACCUCAUCAAGAAUUCUGAAGAUGAGUUUGAUGAGGAGAGACAGACCAAUCUGGCAGCCGUCCUGGCUUCACUGCAGCUGUGGAACGCACAAAAUGUGGAGGCUCCUGCGUUCAGCGAGGGCACGUAUGAGCUGUGUUACAACCAGGCCUGCUAUCUGAUUGGACAGGGAGAAUACAAGGCAGCCGAACAGAAGCUGAGACAGGCUGAGGCGAUGUGCAAAGAGAGUCUAUCUGAUGAUGGAGACAUACCAGAAGAGGAGCUGGAUGAAGAGCUAGCCAUCAUCCGUGUCCAGCUGGGAUAUCUACUGCAGCAACAGGGCCGUGUGGCAGAGGCCAAUGUGCUUUAUAACACGGUCAUGAAAAGCAAGCCCUCUGAUGUUGGAUUGAUGGCAGUGCUUUCCAACAAUCUUGUUGCAAUUAACAAGGACCAGAAUGUGUUUGACUCUAAGAAGAAGAUGAAGGUCGCCACAGGGAGCAACCUGAAGCAUAAGCUGUCAGCCAUACAGAGACGAGACAUUGACAUCAACCAGUGUCUGCUCUACAUGUACACCAACCAGGCUGACCAGUGUCACCAGCUGGCCAAGCAGCUCCAGAAGCAGUUCCCGGACAUAGAGACCCCAGUACUCAUAGAGGCUGCACAGUUUGCACGCGACAAGCAGCUCACUGAGGCCAUUGACCUUCUCACGGCCUACACAGGGUCCAGGAAAGCCGACCUGAUAAGCCUCCCUCUGGCUGUGUGUCAGCUCCACCUACAGAUGGGCAGCAUUUGCAAGGCGUGUGAUGCCCUGAAAACACUCGGCGAGUUCCAGUACAAGCCCGGUGUGGUGUCCACAUUGGUGACACUGUACAUGAGUCAGGAGGACACAGAGGGGGCCAUGCAGGUGCUAGCCAGGGCAGUGGACUGGACCAGGAAGAACCAGCCCCAGUCAGACGCCCUGCAGACGCUGUUAAGGGUCAACACAAGCUUCAUGCUGAAGUACAGGGACCCCAAGAGUGCAAUACAGCUCCUGGAGGAGUUACGCAAGAAAAAUCCCAAAGACCCGAAGGUGCUGGCACAGCUGAUAUCGGCCUAUUCGAAGAUUGACCCAGGGAAGGCCCAACAGGUGAGCCGUGACCUGCCCUCAGUGGAGGAGACUGCAGCCAGCGUGGAUGUGGAGGCACUGGAGGCAGCCUUCAGCUCCCUGGGACCCAAGUACAUGAAGAAGGCGCAGAAGACGGAGCCAUCACCUGGACCAGCUGGAGACCAGGCCACAUUGUUACAGAAAAAGAACAAAAAGAAAAAGAAGACCAAGCUGCCCAAGAACUACAACCCUGAUGUGACCCCUGACCCAGAGCGCUGGUUACCACGACGAGAGAGGUCGUACUACAGGGGCAAGAGGAAGGACAAGAAGAAAGAUAUAGGCAAGGGGUCGCAGGGUGCUACGACGGCCAACAUGGAUGCCCUGGACGCCAGCAAGACGCCCCAGGGUGGGUCUGACCCCAACUCGCCCCGCCCUGGCACUGCCACCACGCCCCAGGGUCCCAGGCAGAGCAAGCCUGCUCAGGCUCAAAAGAAGAAGAAAAAGAAGGGAGGCAAAGGGAGAUAAGCGCGAAGCCUUGUGGACUUGCGGUUGGAAAUAAACAAAAGACAUUGACAUGUGUUUCUCACAAAUGUGUUGUUACAGAAAAACACUACAGCAAAAGCCAUUGUACAUUUUGUUUCAGAAAUUUGUUAUUAGAAUUACACUUCAAUAAUUGAUAAUGUUCUUCUUUGCUAACAAAAAAGCUCUUGACAGUGUUUUUAAUGCUUAAAUAGCACAUUUGAAUGAAUUGGGUAUAUAUUUGUUAAGAUGGAAUUAGAAGAAAGUACAGUAACUUUUCCCCAAGCUUUAAAGAAAUAUAGUGUUAGAGGCCAGGUAAAGUAUAAUGUGUUCAUCGCAAUGGCACAUGUUUAACAUUCUUAAAUGAAAACAGCUUUUAAUUAUUGGUACAAAAUAUAUUUGGAUACAUUUAACUACAAAUUGGCAGUCAUUUAAAGGUACUGAUGAAUCGGAUUUUUGUGAAAUAACUAGUUUACUUUAUUUGUUAAGUCUUUUUUUAAAUUAAAUAUUAACCAGAAUAAAAUGUAUGAAAAUCUA